AUUAUUUACAAAACGAGCCCCUCUAACUGCGUCAACAGUUCUUUAUAUAAGUAGAAUCAGCUAUUGUCUAUUUAGUAUUUCAAGAUGAUUCGGUAAAUGAACUCGUAAUAACGAAGUGACAUUAGUUAAAACUAUUGCAGAAAAGGAAAUCGGUAUCAGCAAUUUUUACGAAUCGUUUUGCAAAAUUUUCAGCAAAUCGAUAAUCGCUAGUGUGAUAAACUUUUAUCAUUCCCAUAUUCUCAUCGUUCAUACAACAAAACAAAUCAAGAAUGACACGAAAUGUUAUAACAUAUUAUUACAGUGUGAAAUAUUAUCAAAAGUUUCUCCUUUUGUCAAGACAGUUGACAGAUAGUGCUACGGGUAAAGGUUAUAGUGGAAGUGUUGAUAAAAAUAAAUUAUUAAAUCGUUUACGUACUUUGUGGAAAAUGAAAAUGUCCAUGCAAAAUCACUCGAAGAUUUUAUCGCAAUUGAAAGAUUAUUUAAACAAAGCUGGUUAUGAUAAAAAUUUGCAAAUUAUCUUCUCCAAAUAUUGGUUAGAUUUUCUACAAAGAGUAACAUAUUCACAAAUAAAUACUUUGAAGAAGUUGUCAGCACUUGAAUUUUCAAAACAUAUGAAGAAUAAUAAUGAUUUAGGUACAAAACAAGGCGACAUUAGUAAAAUAGAAAAAGAGAAGGUAAUACUGAAUGUUCCAGAAGAAGAGACAUUAACUACCAGCUCUGUUCAAUGUAAAAAGCAAAUUCAUGAAGAUAAUAUACAAGAGAGUAAACUUCAAAACAAAGCAGUAUCACAAAUUAUUUCUGAGUUUCUUGGUGCACUGAUAUUUAAUUCUGUACAAAGUAAAACAGCCAGAUUAGUUGUACCACCAAAGUGGAAAGUAAAUAUUCACAAAGAUAUACCAAAACACAGUAUUGCGUCUAGAACAAAUCAUGUCUUGAAUAGUAUAAUAACUGCUGAAUCAACUGCUUCACGUUGGAGAAGGAUCGAAGAUUUAUUAGCACACAUUGAUCAAUAUCCAGAAGCUAGACAUUAUGCGAUUAAAGGAGGAGCGAUAAGAGUAUUGCUUAAAACUAGACGAAAGGUUAAAGAUGAACAAACAAAAGCAUCUAUUAGAGAAGCAUUAGCAGUAUUGGGUUAUACUGAACCCUUGCCUGGCAGAGGUAUUAGAAUUCUUUCCAUUGAUGGUGGGGGUGUGCGUGGAGUAUUAGUUAUAGAAAUGUUAAAAAAACUUGAGCAAUUGACAGGCAAGAAAACUCAUGAACUGUUUGAUUACAUAUGUGGUGUGAGUACAGGAGCUAUUCUUGCUGCUGCUUUAGGUGGACAUAAACGAAAAUCGUUGUUUCAAAUAUCUGAAUUAUACAAGGAACUAAGUACUAAAGUGUUUACUCAAAGUGCAAUAAAAGGUACGAGUAAUUUGGUAUGGAGCCAUGGAUAUUAUGAUACAGCGCUCUGGGAAAAAUUACUGCAACAGAAUAUAGGAGACAAAGUUCUUAUAAAAACAGUUCAUGACCCUGCUGGUCCAAAAUUUUCAGCUAUAUCUGCUGUUGUAAACCAAGAACGUGUAAUGGCCUAUGUAUUCAGAAAUUAUACUUUACCUCAUAAAGUCGAAAGUUUAUAUCUAGGAUCUCACAAACAUAGAUUGUGGGAAGCUAUUAGAGCAUCUGCAGCAGCGCCUAGUUAUUUUGAAGAAUUUAAAUGUGGUGGAUACCUUCAUCAGGAUGGAGGUAUACUGGUAAACAAUCCAUGUGCAGUCGCAUUACAUGAAGCUAAAGAAUUAUGGCCAAAUAAUCCAAUUCAUUGUGUGGUUUCAUUCGGAACUGGUCGCACGCCAAAUCAAAUUUGUGACAACAGCAAAGCGACAGAAAUAGCGAUUUCAAGUUGGAAAGACAAGUUUUAUAAAAUUUUGGAUAGCGCGACAGAUACCGAAGCUGUGCAUAUUAUGUUGAACGAUCUGCUGCCUGAAAACGUCUACUUCCGAUUCAAUCCAUAUUUAACGGAGAUGUUGUCGAUGGUAGAAAUACGUCCUGAGAAAAUCAAUCAACUAGAACAAGAUGCAAGAAUGUAUAUACGUAGAAAUGAAGAAAAGUUUCAAAAAGCUGCUGAAGUUUUAUUACAGAAGAGAAAACUCCAACAAAAAGUCAUGGAUUGGAUUACAUUACAAAGAAAAGUUUCAGGUCUAUGAAUUAUUCUAUCUCAUAAUUUAUUCAAGCAUUUCAUAACUUAUAAAGAUAUGUACAUGUUACGUAAAUACUAAGUACGAAUUUUAUAUUAAUCGGGCUUACAGACUUUUAUGAGAAAAGUUUGUUUGAAACAAAUUAGUAACUAGAUAUGUGAUGUAAUUAUUAUUAAUUCUAACAUUUAUUUAAAGCGUUAAUAUAACGAAACAAACAUAUUACAUUUAUUUAUAUUUGUUUUUGUAAAUAUUAUAUUGAAAAUAAUUUUGUGUAAAAAGUAACGAUUUAGUUAACAUAUCAAUGAACAUGUACAUACAUGUGACCUCUGAGACAUAUGCACACAUAUUCACAUGCAUCAAUAAAAGAUGGUCAUUAAAUGACAAAGUACAAAGCAUCAUAAAUAAAUAUAUAAUAUUUAUUUUAGCAGGACUGUUUACUAUUGUACUUAGUGUAAUUAUAUAUUAAUACACCAGUGACUUUUUUAUUUUAAUAUUGUAUUUCAUAAAUGAUAACAUUAUUUUACUGUUUAGUAUACAUAUAUUUUAGCAUACGUGCGCUUGUUUAGAGAAUUGAAGCAUUAAAUAACUGUAAAUAACAAAGUGAUAUAUAAUAUAAAAUGUUAUAAACCGCUGUGCCGCUAGUCCUAAUGCUAGUCUGUGUUUUUUCACAUAAGUAGUGAAUAUAUUAAUAUGAAAAUAUAUCUGUAUAAAAUAGAAAAUGAUCAUGCGUAUAAAAUGUUUUAUAAUGUUUAAAUGUUACUUGUUUCAAAGAACACUUUAAAGUAUUACAAUUCAGCUUUAACUAAGCCAUUGUCAACUUCGUUAAAAAAAUGUUAUGUACUAUAAAGAUAUUAAAAUAACUAAAUAUAUUUAAUAUUAUUAUGUU